CAUUAUCAAUACCAUCAAUAUUCAAUACACAUCUGAACUAAAGAACAGUAUCAGUUUUGUUAGUCGUUAUAAUAAGUGCCUGAUAAGAAUAAAUGAAUGGGUAGGGAUUUAUUGAGAUAGCAAUGUCGAUAUCGAAAAUUCAUGCCAUAUCAUUUUUAUUUAAUGGUACCAGUAGAUGCUUUAAUAAGAACAGUAUUUUAAAUUUUGGUUGGAUUUCGAGGAGCAUGAGUACCACAAUGAGAGCUGUCUUAAUCCGUUCAACAGGAGAUGAAUCAGUCCUUAACGUUGAGACAAUUCCUGUUCCUGAAAUAUCAUCGAAUCAAGUGCUGGUUGAAAUCCAUGCCGCUGGCCUGAACCCAGUGGACACUUACAUCAGAGAGAAGAAGUUCGGUUAUGAUCCUAAGCUUCCAGUUGUUUUGGGCGGAGAGGCUGCUGGGAAAAUCGUAAAAUUGGGAAAAGAAGCAGAAAAGAAAUACAAGGUAAACGAUCACGUCAUCUGUAGUCUGCACGCCCCCAACUAUGGAGGAUACGCAGAGUACGUCGCCUGUGAUGUUACUGACCUCAUCCCAUUGACACACAACCUGAGUUUCUCACAAGGUGCUGCGGUAUACGUGCCUUACUUUACAGCGUACAAAGCUCUUGUUGCAAGGUGUAAAAUGCAGCCAAAAGAAUUGGUGAUGGUUCACGGAGCGAGUGGUGGAGUAGGAGUAGCUGCUGUACAGAUUGCUAAAGCCUAUGGAGCAGUAGUAGCUGUGUCAGCUGGAUCCGAGGCAGGAUUGAAACUUUUAAAUGACCUGGGUGCAGAUGUGAUCGUGGAUCAUAGAGAGGAUGGUCACUUGCAGAAAGCUCUGGCCAAGGCGGGUCGGCCAGGGUUCGAUGUUAUUUUUGAGAAUAGAGCAGACCUGAACCUGGGUUCGGAUUUGGCAGCCCUGGGAGUGGGUGGCAGGAUAGCGGUUGUGGGAUCUAGAGGAGUUGUGGAAGUGGAUCCACGUAACUUUAUCAGGACUGAAGGCACAGUGCUGGGUGUGCAUUUACGGAAAACUACUCCGGAGGAGUUUGUGGAGUUCUCAUCUGCUCUUGUGGCAGGUAUGGAGAAGGGCUGGCUAAAGCCUGUGGUAGGGAAGGAGUAUUCUAUAGAGGAAAUACAAAAAGCUCACAGCGAUCUCAUCAAGGCACAUGGAGCGUAUGGGAAAAUGGUUCUUAAAAUAAGAUAACCUUAGCGAUGAGAGAGAGAAGUUAGGAAGUAAUUGUGAAUAGUAUAUUACAAUAAAAGCCCUCUAAACUGGGAGUGCA